AUGCCUGCCUGGCUGGUGAAGGUGGACCGGCCUGAGGUCCUGCUGGAUGGACUGGCGCCCAGCACAGAGUACUCCAUCGCGGUGUACGCGAUGUACGGGGAAGAUACAAGUGAUCCAGCCAGCAUCCAGGAAACCACCUGGGCCUUAAGCCCCCCCAGGCACCUCGGUUUCUCAGAGAUCAGCCACGGGUCUGUCCGGGUCAGCUGGGAAGCUGCGUCGCCUGAUGUGAAAGCACACCGGGUCACCUAUGUCUCCAGCCAAGGGAGCAACACCGGGGAGGUCCGAGUUCCUAGCGGAGCAUCCUCCACCACCCUGAAACCUCUGUCCUCUCUCACCCAGUAUUUCAUCAGCGUCAGGUCUGUUUAUGAUGAAGGUGACUCUUUCCCGCUCACCGGCAACGUUACCACGACAAAAGUUCCUCCACCGAGCGCUGUGAAGGUUACCGAGCUCUCAGGAAACUAUGUCCGUCUGCAAUGGGAAGCGGCCGCGGCCUCCGACGUGGUCGUCUAUCAGAUUAAGUGGAAUGUGCUUGGCGAGGAGAAAUCUCAGGAGCUCUCUGUUGCUGGCAAUGUGGCCAAUGCUGUUUUGCCAGGGCUGAAGAAGAACACAGAAUACCAGAUAUCGAUGUGGGCGUAUUACAAGGAUGGUGCACGAAGCGACACGGUCUCUAUUCAGCACAGGACCAGUUCCAGGAAUCCACCCACCAACCUGUUCAUCGAUUCAGAGACCACCAGCAGCCUGCAGAUCCAUUGGACACCCCCAGACGGCCGCAUCCAGCACUACAGAGUGACCUAUGCCCCCAAGUCUGACGAGAGCGCUCGGGAAACAAUAAUAGCUUCUGGUAAAAGUAGCGGUGUGACUCUUCAGUCUCUGCUCCCCAGCACGGCAUACAAGGUGAUGGUUUCUGCCAUCCACAACACAGGAGAGAGCGACACCGUGUCUACUACUGGCCACACUGCUUCUGCAUUGACUAAAUUCCCUUCAACACGAGGAUUUCUUCCCUUCAAAAUGGAGGCUUGCCCCACUCUCAACUCCGUCGAAGGAUCUCUACAAGGAUUUGAUAUAAUGGAGGCUUUUGGACUGGUGGAGAAGGAAUAUGCCUCCAUUAAAGGAGUGGCUAUGGAACCGUAUGUGUUCAGUGGCUCCCGGACUUACACUCUGUUCAGAGAUACUCAGCUGACCCGGAGAACCAGUGAAACACCCCUCCCGGGGAUCCCACCUGAGCACACCCUCAGCUUCGUCCUCCGGCUCCUGCCAGAGACUCCUAAAGAGCCCUUUGCUGUGUGGCAGAUAACAGAUGAAGACUUCCAGCCUCUUCUUGGUGUUAUACUUGACUCCAGUAAGAAAUCCUUGACCUAUUUCAAUCAUGACUACAAGACUGAUUUACAGGAAGUCAUCUUUGACCAACAGGAAGUGAAGAAGAUAUUCUAUGGGAGCUUUCAUAAGGUGCACAUAGCUGUGAGUCAUUUCAAGAUCAAACUCUACCUGGACUGCAGGAAAAUAGCGGAGAGACCAGUCAAUGCGGUGGGCAGCAUCUCCACUGCGGGCUUUGUCAUGCUGGGGAAGCUCACAAGGACCAGAGGACCGAGGAGGACUAAUAAAAGAUAUCAGAUUCACCCAAAGAACCUUGUCUCAGCCAUUAGAAGACGACCACAGCAGGUGCACAUAGCUGUGAGUCAUUUCAAGAUCAAACUCUACCUGGACUGCAGGAAAAUAGCGGAGAGACCAGUCAAUGCGGUGGGCAGCAUCUCCACUGCGGGCUUUGUCAUGCUGGGGAAGCUCACAAGGACCAGAGGACCGAGGAGUGGGUCGGCCACCUUUCAGCUGCAGUCUUUGCAGAUUGUGUGCAAUGCUUUGUGGGCAGAGGAUGACCGAUGUUGUGAGCUCCCUGCACUGAGAGAUGAAGAGACGUGUCCUGCUUUGGCUCCUGCCUGUACCUGCAUGUCCGGUGUCCCAGGCCUGCCAGGUCCCCCCGGGCCUCCUGGCAGUCCAGGGCGGAGAGGACCUCAAGGGGAGCAGGGGCACCCAGGCCCCAAGGGUGAGCCAGGCCCUCCUGGACGGGUCGGCCCCCAGGGUCCUGGCGGACAGCAAGGCUCUCCGGGAUCCCAAGGAAUCACCGUGCAAGGUCCAGUGGGACCACCAGGGAUCAAAGGGGAGAAAGGAGACACAGGAAUCCCAGGCAUGCAGGGUAUUCCUGGUGUCCAGGGAGCUCCAGGCAGAGAUGGCCUUCAGGGAGCCAAGGGGGUGAGAGGACUGGAGGGCACAGCCGGGCCUCCGGGACCACCCGGACCAAGGGGUUUCCAAGGGAUGGCAGGCUCUCGUGGCGGCGGUGGAGAGAAAGGACCUCCAGGGGACGUUGGACCAACUGGGCUGCCUGGUCCCAAAGGAGAAAGGGGUGAGAAGGGUGAACCGCAGUCUCUGGCCACAAUUUACCAGCUAGUUAGCCAGGCUUGUGAGCGGAUGAUUCAGACUCACGUGUUGAAGUUUGACUCAUUCAUCCAUGAACAUACCAGGAAGCCAGUCCCCAUGUGGGAUGAGAAGUUGAUGCCAGGAGAGCCGGGACUGCCGGGUCUUGCAGGUCCCCCUGGAAGCAGAGGAGAAAGAGGAGAAGAUGGCUUCCUGGGACUGCCAGGCAAAGACGGGUAUCCAGGAGAAAGAGGAGGACCAGGACCAAGGGGUGCAAAGGGGAUGCCUGGAGCAAAUCGGGAAGGAGUCCAAGGACCCAGGGGACGAGCAGGACCACCAGGAGAAGCCGUGGUAGGGAAACCAGGUCCGAACGGGGCCCCUGGAAGUGCUGGCCCACGGGGCUUUCCUGGUGACAGAGGCCAGCCAGGGGAGCCUGGCUAUCCAGGGGGCUGCGAUCUCUCUGGAUGCUAUGGGGCGAGUACCAGAGAUUUCAUCCCAUGACGGUUGGUUGAUGGGCUGCUUGCACAGUACUUUCCUUCGGAGACCUCGGCCUGAAUCUUCUACAUAUGAACUGCAAUUUGACCACCAAAUGUGUAUUCCCCCCUCCCCUCUCGCAUUGAAUAUUUGUAUGGGUGCAGAGUUUCAAAACUAGAGUCCCCAAACCAGACUGUAAAUCGAUCAUCCUCUCUUUCAUGCCCGUUUCCUUUAUUAUCUACAAACAUUUGAAUUGGGCAACUGCUGCGACUGAACUGAUGUCCUACAACAGGAUUAAGAAGCACAGUCAAGAGGUUCAAGCUGUUAGAUUUGCCAGAGGGGUUGAGCCAACAGUAGCAUUAAUGGUAUUGAAAUGUUCAGAAACAGCCAGGAUGAAUCUCUCAUAUUUGUCCACUUGUGAUUGAUUUAUCAGCUACGGCUGUGGGUAACUAGUUGCUGAGAGCAGUGGUAGAAAGUGCUAAAAAUGCAAUUUCUUACAGUGGGAGCAAUGCCGUGUUCUCUAGUUGGGUAGAGUGGCACGGAGUUUAAUACCAUUUCUACUGUUUUUGGAGCAAUACUGGGGUCACCCUCCCAGUUUCACUGUAUAUUUGAUUACUGAACAAAGGGAUCACCUCUUCCCAGGAAUGCUGAAAGCCCCAUGACUAGAGAUGUAUUAAAUUAGACUAGACUAGACAAAGCACUAGAAAAUAUAGAGUGCAAUGGACUGUGUUUGAGCAGGCAUCCCAGGCCUUAUCCACUCCUGCCUACGUUGCCAUAUUAACACUUAUACACCAGCAUAAAACACGGUGUAGGGCUAGGCCUUGCUUUUACCAAUGUGAUACAGAGGGAACUGUUACUAGAUGACAUUGCAUGGCCAAUAAUCCAUCAGCAUAUAAUAACACCAAAUUGUGAUGAUACUAGUAAUACGAAGACUUAAUUGCAAUUUGUUUGCUAUUGCUUUAUCCUGUGCCAGCUUCUUCUGCCUCCAGUGUUGACUGCUGUCAGGCUAUUGCUUCUGAAACUGGACCGACACAAAGAGGAGGACAUCCCAUGAACAAAGCGGCCUUUGUACAAGUAGCAAGAGGCAAGAAGGAUCAGUGCAGAUUUUCAACAAAACUUAGACUCACAAAGCAGAGGGUGUACAUUUAAAUGUGCCUAUUCCUCUGACUACCCACAAGUUGUUUAGCUGUGCAUACACAUGGCUAGUGUGAUAGAGUUUGUACAUGCAACACUGCUAUUUGCACCUGCACCGAUGGCAAGCGCGCACGGCUAACUCCUGAAAUCUUAACCCAGACUGACCCAAGAUUUUGGAGCCUGGUUGCUAGGCACCCCACAAAACCCAAGAUAGAGGUUCUUAAAAAUUAAAUGGCUUAGACCUCUAGCUAAAUAUUAUUCAGCAGCCUUAUGGAAGUCUGCUGCUGCUUCUUGUAGGCAUCCGUCCGUCUCAAGAGACAGGAGCAUUACACUGAGUGAGACAUCGGCUCGCUGAAAGUAAUCCUCACUUGAAAGAUGAAGCGCAGUUUUAAUCAUCACAGAUUUGUAUAGACAGCCAUAAGCCAGGUACAGGACAAUUCACAAAACACAGAAAGGCGAUCAGUACAUCCUAUAAAUAUUUAGAAUAAUUUUAAUUGGACUCCAUUAACUUCAACACUACUAAUUCUCUAGGGUUCUCCAGAACCCAUUCCCUAGGCUGACUAUUUGAAGUACGAUCUGCCUUCUCUACCGUAAAUAUAGAAAAGCGGAGAGGAAUAAUUCUUCUGUAGAGGUCACCUUUUCUAGUUCCUUAAAAGCUUGCCAAUUUUGCUUUAAGUGGCACUUCUGCAAAUGGUAAUCUUUACAAUUUAAACCAAGUGUCAUCAGGGCAAGAUCCCCAGGCAGAAGAAAAAGGAGAGAGAAGAGGAACAGAAAUACAAACCAUGGAGGUGAUGCUUAAAACAAGAUGCACUUAAUGGGCUAGACAUACUUGCAUACAAGUUGUUACGCUCUGAGAAUGCUUUGAUUUGUAAAGGUCAAGGAGCUUUUGUUCUUUCUUUUCCCCUUCCUUGAAAAGCAGAAACAGUCUCCAAAUAAAUCUCCAGGCCCUACAUGAACUUGUGCGCCGAACGCGUCUUUGUUUCUCUGUUGUAUAUUAAACUUCUAGAGAAACAAAACACUUCAGAGGAGGGCUGUGCUCUGGGAAAGAGAAGGACUU